CCUGAACCCGCCCCUGCGCCUUUAAGGUGCUCGCGGUGGCCCUGCGCCUUUAAGAGGCCGGUGUGGGCCGACCCUCCCCUUUAAGCGGCCGCCGCGAUGAGGCUGAGCGUCAAGUUGCUGCACGGGACCGAGUGCUGGCUGGAGGUCUCUGAGGAUGAGACGGUGUCCAAUGUCAAGGUGCUGAUUGAACAACAGCUGAAGAUCCCACAGGGCCAGCAACGGCUACUCUACAAGGGGAAGGCCCUCUCUGACGAACACAGACUGCCUGAUUACGGCAUCCGUCCCGGUGCCAAGCUGAAUCUGGUGGUGAAGGCGGUGGACAGGCCAUCGCCAGAAGGCACAGCCCAGGGUGGCAGAAGCCAGGCCUGGCUGCAGGUGGCACUGAUCAUCGAGAGGCACUUCACACCCGCUGAUGCCACCAAAGUCUUGGAACAGCUGCAGAAGGAUUAUGAACGGAAUCUCCGGCUCCUGAGCCUGGAUGACGUGGAGCGGAUUUCAACCCGGAUUCUGCACCCCGAUGUUGCUGACGCCAUGGAGCUCUCCUUCAUGGAGUGAGGGGGGGGGGGGGGAGGGGGGGGGGGGGGGGGGGGGG